AAUUCAGUCCCUUCGUCGGAAUUUCUUAUAGACAAAGGCAAGGGCGAAACUGGAAGAUACACAAACUCUCUCUUUGUUUCCUCUAACCGUAACUACCUGUGCCACUAUGGUCGUGCGUCAGAUAUGCAUUUUCAAAAACGGUUCUCGGAGCAAUGUUACAAACAAAACAAAAACCUUCUGACGGAACACGAGAACAGCAGCAGGACAUACCCGUAUUUUAAUCCGUCGGUAGGCACCCCUCCAGGGUGUGGUCCUCUACCAGUCGUGAACGGUAGUAAAUGGGAGUGUCCAUAUGGCGUGUCUCCUCUCUCAGUCCCCGUAUACGAGUCUUGUCGUGCCAUCUGUAAGGGAGAAUCUCUACAGAGACGGACUAUUGUUAAAGUCAGAUGCACGGAGAAGUUGGAAUGGGAUCACCCUAUGCUUUCCGCUGUUUGUGCCGUAAUAAAAAAUUAUUCUGGUGCCAGUUUACAUGGACAAGACCAGGAAUUGAAAGUUGCAAUCAUUACUGGCCUGGUGUCCGUUGUAAUUGUUCUAAUCGUACUCUGUAUUUUCCGAAAACUUAAACGCAUCAAAUGUAGUCGUCUGCAAAAGCUGCUCGGCAAUUCUGUAUUUCAAGACAACACAAUGUCACUGAAUUCUGUAUGUACUGCUUAUGUGGGAAACAUUCAACAACGAAACGUUGUAAAUGAAGAUACAGCAAAAAACCAAUUGUGUACUCAAAACAGCGAUGUGGAUAAUCAAAACAGCGAUGUGGAUAAAGAGCAUAACACCUUAAGUGAUAAUGACAUAGACCUUUGUGUCUCUAGAGAGGCAUUCCAAACCAGCGAUCUUGCAGACACGGAUAUUUUUCUACAAACAAUUUCUAACAAUAUAACGGUACCUCAUGCUACAGUACGAAAUGCUGAUAGUCCGAUAAAAUGUGACUGUAUUCUGAACAAUAUGAAUCAAAAUACUGAAAACAUUGAACUCUCAAACGAAUUUAAUGGUUUAGAUAUUUCAAGACUGACAACAGACAGUCUAAAAAACGUGGAAGAGAAUGUGGCUAUUGUUGAGGAUCAUUCUUGGAAGCAGAGCGGAGCAACACGUGCAGGAUUGUGUCCAACCAUUGCUGCAAUGUUAGAAGGAGCAGUAAACGAUAGCAUUCGUUUUGUUGACGACCUUUCUACUUUGCUGAACCCAGAUAAUCCUGACAAUUGGCAGGGCCUGAUUCAGGCCUAUUUUAGUUUGUCCUUUAACAAAAUCCAAAAAAUAAGACAAAAAACAAAGGACCAUUUCAAGAACUUUUAA